CACAUUGCGGAGUGGAGGCUAGCCGAACGCGGACUACUGCUGCUGGACUGAUCGGAGCGUUCCUUUACAACUUCUAUGGAUACUUCAAAGUAGCUAAGAGUUACGCCAAAACGGAUUUUACACAGAAUGGAAGGGAUGGAAGAGUGAUGAUGGGAUGGAUGUGAAUAUGGGCCAGUGGGCCUACACAGGCAUGCGUGCCCCUCUCUUCUGCCUAGCCUUGUUGCUGCUGCUGCUCUCCCAGCCUGCCCCCUGCUGCUGCCAGGACAGCCAGGGUUCUCCCCAGGGCCCCGCCGACGGCCCUCGAUUUCUCUUCACGCAGUCUGUCUAUCAUGCCACUGUCUACGAGAACUCGGCAGCGCGAACAUACGCCAACAGUAAAGUUAAAAUGGGCAUCCACCUGGCCCAGCGCUCCUGGGAAAUCCGCUACAGGAUCACCUCCGGGGAUGAAGAAGGCUUCUUUAAAGCAGAGGAGUACAUGCUGGGAGAUUUCUGCUUCUUACGCAUAAGGACUAAAGGCGGCAAUGCAGCCAUCUUGAAUCGAGAAAUCCAGGACAGCUACUUACUGACAGUGAAAGCCUCCGUCAAAGGAGAGGUUCUGGAGACCUGGACCAAAGUGACUGUCCAGGUCCUGGACAUGAAUGACCUCCGACCUCUAUUCUCACCCACCACAUACUCAGUCACCAUCGCAGAAAGCACCCCCCUCAGGACUAGCAUAGCACAAGUUACAGCCACUGAUGCAGACGUCGGCUCCAACGGGGAAUUUUACUACUUCUUUAAGGAGAAAAUGGAGCUGUUCGCCGUGCACCCAACUAGCGGUGUGGUCUCCCUCAGCGGGAAACUGAACAUUGAGGAGCAGAACCGAUACGACCUAGAAAUCCAGGCGGUGGACCGCGGGAUGAAGUUGUAUGGCAAUAACGGUGUGAGCAGUACGGCCAAGCUCUUUGUGCAUGUAGAGCGUGUCAACGAGCAUGUGCCAGUCAUGAAUGUGGUCACCCAUGUCCCCUCGUGGUUAGACAAGAACCCUGUGUAUGCAGUGGUCACUGUGGAAGACCUGGACGAGGGGUUAAAUGGAGAGAUUGAGUCCUUGUCUAUAGUGGCCGGAGACCCUAUGGAGCAGUUCACUCUGGAGAGGUCAGAGGGCAAUGAGUUCGCUAUCAAGGCGUCUGACCAAGUGGACUGGGAGAACUUCCCUUAUGGAUAUAACCUCACUCUUCAGGCCAAGGACAAGGGUGCCCCACAAAAGUUUUCUUCGGUCAGGGUUGUGCACAUCAUAGUGAAGAAACCACAUGCUGUGGAAGUGAAAUUUGAACAGGAGUCGUAUGAAAUUAGUCUCAAUGAAAUCUCACCCCCAGGCACGAUCGUAAAGGUGGUGAAAAUCACCCCUGAGCCAGACGAUGCGGAAUAUAUUCUGACCCCCUCGACAGACUCCUCCUACUUCCGGAUGAACACCCUAACAGGCGUGAUCUCAACUGCUCGCUGGUUCACGGAGUGCACCAAGGACGUAUUUGACCUGGAAGUGGUGGAGGUGGACAGCGAGCUGGGGGUCAAAGUUCGGGUCUCCAUCGAGGACGCGAACGACAACACCCCAACAUUCACUCAGCUUUCGUACGAGGUGUUCGUCAAUGAGAGCGUUCCCAUGGGAUGGACCGUGCUGGCGGUGUCCGCUGUGGAUGGUGAUAGUGGGGAGAAUGGAUACAUAACAUACAGCAUAGCCAGCCUUCAGCCCCUGCCCUUCAAAAUCAACCAGUUCUCUGGCAUCCUCACCACCACACAGGAGCUGGACUUUGAGUCCUCGUCUGAGAGCUACGUGUUUGUGGUCAGGGCCUCUGACUGGGGUUCCCCCUACAGACGAGAGAGUGAAGUCAACGUAACUGUCCAUCUGGAGAAUGUGAACGACAACCAACCCUUAUUCGAGAAGGUGGCGUGUCAGGGACUAGUCUCUCGGGACUUCCCCAUCAACGAGGUAAUCACCACCAUGUCUGCCAUCGACAUAGACGAGCUGGAGCUGGUGAAGUACAAGAUCCUGGAAGGGAAUGAGAGGGGCUUCUUUGACCUGAACCCUGACUCGGGGGUCCUAACCCUACGGAGGUCCCUCUCCACUGCCAGUCCAAAAAAUGGAAUCUUCAGUUUGAAAAUAACCGCCACAGAUGGAGAGAACUUCUCCGACCCGAUGUUCGUGAACAUCUCUAUUGUUCAUGGGAAAUCUUUCCCCAAGAGCUUCAACUGUAGGGAGACCAGAGUCGCCCAAAAGUUAGCUGAGAAAUUACUAAAUAAGUCCAAAGCUAGAACCAAGCCCAAGAUCGAGGAAGGGUUCAUUGACCUUUUCUCCGUCAACAGACAGACACCUCAGUUUGAUAAGGCCUUUCCCACAGACAUAUCAGUGCACGAAGACCUAAAGGUUGGGUCCAGUGUCUUCAAGGUCAAGGCCUAUGACGGCGACACAGGUUUUAACGGUCAGAUGUUGUAUGCCAUCUCAGAUGGAAACACAGACAGCUGUUUCACCAUUGACAUGGAGAGUGGGCUGAUCAGCGUCUUCCUGCCCAUGGACAGAGAGAAAAGAGACAGAUACCUCCUCAACAUCACUAUCUACGACCUGGGCCUGCCACAGAAAACCGCUUGGCGUCUGCUCACCGUCUACGUAGAAGAUGCCAAUGACAAUGCACCUCAGUUCCUGCAGGAGGGAGGCUAUAGAACCUUCAUUCCCGAAAACACAGCCAUUGGCACCGAUGUCAUUCAGGUUGAGGCCACUGAUAAAGACUUGGGGCCUAAUGGAGAGAUUGUCUACUCCAUCCUGACCAGCACCACCCAGUUUGGCAUCAACAGCUCCAACGGGAUUGUGUACGUUGCCGGGCAGCUGGACAGGGAGUUCGUCUCCACCUUCAACUUGAAGAUUGAGGCUCGUGACCGUGCAGAGAAAGGGAACCAGAAGUUUUCAGUCACCACUUUGAAGAUCUCUCUAGAGGACGUUAACGACUGCCCCCCAGUAUUCAUUCCCAGUGUCUACAAUACCCGGGCCCUGGAGGACCUGCCAGUGGGAACCGUGGUGGCCUGGCUCGAGACCCAGGACCCAGACCUUGGCCUGGGUGGCCAGGUUAGAUACUCCCUAGUCAAUGACUACAACGGGAAGUUCGAGGUGGACAAGGCCAGUGGGGCCAUCCGACUGACCAAGGAGCUGGACUACGAGACGCAACAGUUCUACAACCUCACGGUGAGAGCCAAGGAUAAAGGGAGACCUGUCUCUCUCCUGUCUGUCACCUUCGUGGAACUAGAGGUGGUAGAUGUAAACGAGAACCUCUACACUCCCUACUUCUCCCACUUCGCCCUCACGGGAUCAGUGAAGGAGAGCGCCCGCAUUGGGACCACAGUCCUCCAAGUCACGGCCCGGGAUGACGAUGAUGGUAGAGAUGGGGAAAUCCAGUACUCUAUCCGGGACGGGAGUGGACUGGGACGAUUCGCCAUCGACGAAGAGACGGGUGUCAUCUAUACCACAGACACUCUGGACCGCGAGACCAAGGACUCCUAUUGGCUGACUGUGUAUGCCACAGACCACGGGGUGGUGCCCCAGUUCGCCAUCAUGGAGGUGUACAUCCAGGUAGAGGACGUCAACGACAACGCCCCCCUGACCUCUGACCCUGUCUACCACCCCAUUGUCAUGGAGAACUCCCCCAAGGACCUGUCCGUCAUCCAGAUCAAAGCCCAGGACCCGGAUGCCACUGGGGGAGCAGAGAGACUGAGCUACAGGAUAGCUAGUGGGAACCCACAGAACUUCUUCACCAUCAAUACCAGGACCGGUGUCAUCACGACCACGUCCAGGAAACUGGACCGAGAGCAACAGGCUGAGCAUGUUUUAGAGGUCACGGUGUCGGACGGAGGUCCCAGCCCCAAACACUCCACGGUGUGGGUGAUCGUCCACGUGCUUGAUGAGAAUGACAACAAGCCCACGUUCCCAGAGAAGGUGUACCAGAUCAAGUUACCAGAGAGGGACAGGAGGAAGAGAGGAGAGCCUAUCUACAGGGCCUUUGCCUACGACAGGGAUGAAGGGGUUAACGCUGACCUCUCCUACAGCAUCGUCGAUGGCAACGAGGACGGCAAGUUCUUCAUCGACCCCAAGACGGCGGUGGUGUCAUCACGAAAGCAGUUCACCGCCGGGAGCUACGACAUCCUCACUAUCAAAGCCACAGAUAAUGGACGCCCCCAGAAGUGGUCGACGGCCCGUCUGCACAUCGAGUGGAUCCGUAAGCCCUCGGCUUUGGCGAAUCCCCUCCUAUUUGACGAGCAGUACUACAACUUCACCGUCAUGGAGAGCGACAAGGUGGCCGAGAUAGUGGGUGUGGUCUCCAUGCAACAGAACUCCAAUCCCCUCUGGUUCGACAUCAUAGGCGGUAACACUGACAGUCUGUUUGACAUAGAGAAGGGCGUGGGCACCAUCAUCAUCGCUAAGCCUCUUGACGCUGAGCAGCGCUCCUUCUACAACAUGACUGUGGAGGUGACGGACGGGACCAACUCUGCAGCCACACAGGUCCACAUCACAGUGUUGGACAACAACGACAACGCUCCUGUCUUCUCUCAGCCCACCUAUGACAUCACCAUCUCUGAGGACACGCCCCCGGAGACGGAGGUGGUCCAGGUUUUGGCGUCAGACCGUGACGAGCGCCACCGUCUCACCUACUCCCUCCACAGCGCCAUCGACCCCUCCAGCCUGCGUCUGUUCCGUAUUGACCCCAACACUGGCACGGUGUAUACUACAGAGAGACUGGACCACGAGGCUAGAGCACAACACAUCCUCACUGUCAUGGUAAAAGACCAGGAGUUUCCGUACAGGAGGAACCUGGCCCGAGUGUUGGUGGAUGUGGAGGAUGUUAAUGACCAUGUCCCAGUGUUCACCAGUGCUCUGUACGAGGGUUCGGUCUAUGAGUCUGCAGCAGUGGGGUCUGCUGUGCUCCAGGUGACUGCCCUGGACAAGGACAAAGGAGAGAACGCAGAACUCCUCUAUACCAUGGAAUCAGGCAACACAGGGAACACGUUCCGGAUUGAGCCGGUUCUGGGGAUCAUCUCUGUGGCCCGCGAACUCGACCUCUCCACCAUCGGCUACUACGUCAUUACCAUCAGAGUCACCGAUAACGGCUCCCCGCCACUCUUUGCCACCUCUGUGGUUCGCAUCGCCGUCACACUCUCCGACAACGCCGGACCCAAGUUCCCCCAGACCGAGUACCAGGCCGAGGUCACAGAGAACGUUGCCGUGGGAACCUCUGUCACCACAGUAAGCGCCAUGAGCCAAUCCACGCUGACCUACGACAUCCGACAUGGCAACAGCGAACGCACCUUCAGGAUCAACCAGUACAGUGGCGUGAUCACAACUCAGAAACCCUUGGACUAUGAGACCACAGCAUCUUACAACCUGAUCGUCCAGGCCACCAACAUGGCUGGCAUGGCCUCCAACGCCACCAUGCUCAUACGGGUGGUCGAUGAAAACGACAACCCACCUGUGUUCCAGCUGCUGUGCUACCAGGGUAGUAUCAGCGAGGCGGCGCCCAUCAACAGUGUGGUCCUGAACCCAGACAAAACUCCUCUGGUCAUCAAGGCCACUGAUGCUGACCGCAACCAGAACGCUCUCCUGGUCUAUCAGAUCGUUGAGGACACAGCCAAGAUGUUCUUUACAGUGGAUUCUGGCACCGGCUCCAUCAGGACUAUCGCCAACCUGGACCACGAGACGUUUGCUAGUUUUAACUUUCAUGUUCAUGUGAGAGACAGUGGGAGGCCUCAGCUGACAGCGGAUAGCCCCACCGAGGUCACCAUCCAGGUGAUCGACACAAAUGACUCUCCACCUCGCUUCACCCAAGACACCUACGAAACUGUCCUGCUGCUGCCCACCUAUGUAGGAGUGGAGGCAUUACAGGUCUCAGCUAUGGACCCAGACCAAAACGUCUCCACAGAGCUCACCUACUCAGUGACAGAUGGCAACCUGGAGCACUUUACCAUCCAGCCCUCCAGCGGUAUCAUCACUGUCAAAAACAACAACUUCUCCAAGGAACGCUUCCGCUUCAACGUCAAAGUGUCCGACGGUAAGUUCUCCAGCACUGCUCUAGUCACUGUUCUGGUCCGUGAGACGCUGGACUCUGGCCUCUUCUUUGCCCACAGCCUAUACUCCUCGUCCAUCCAAGAGAACAAUACCAACAUCACCAAAGUUGCCGUGGUCAACGCAGUGGGGAAUCGCCUCAACGAGCCCCUCAAGUACACCCUACUGAAUCCUGGGACACGCUUCCGGAUCCGAUCCACCUCUGGCGUAAUCCAGACCACUGGCAUUCCCUUCGACCGUGAGGAGCAGGAGUUCUAUGAGCUGGUGGUGGAGGCUGGGAGGGAGCACGACCGUCUGCGUGUUGCCAGGGUAAUUGUCAGGGUGCAGGUAGAGGACAUUAACGACAACGCUCCUGUGUUCGUGGGACUACCGUAUUACGCUGCUGUCCAAGUGGAGGCCGAACCUGGUUCGGCCAUAUUCCGGGUCACCGCUGUGGACCGUGACAAAGGCAUCAACGGAGAGGUGUCCUACUACCUGAAAGACGACCACGGACACUUUGAGAUCGACAGGCUGACGGGCGGCCUCCGUCUGAAGAAGUCUUUUGAGUCUGACCUGUCCAACCAGGAGUACCAGAUGGUAGUUUACACCAAGGACGGAGGUUACCCUCCUCUUUCCUCCACCUUAGAGUUCCCCAUCACCGUGGUGAACAAGGCCAUGCCCGUCUUCGACAAGUCCUUCUACGCAGUGUCGGUGAACGAGGACGUAGCGGUACACACUCCCAUAUUAGGAAUCAAUGCCACCAGCCCUGAGGGCCAGAACAUAAUCUACACCAUCGUGGAGGGAGACCCCUCUCUGCAGUUCGACAUCGGCUUUGACACCGGAGUCAUCAGAGUCAUCAACUCCCUGGACUAUGAGAUCGCCCCAUCCUUCCGUCUGACCAUCAGAGCCACAGACUACCUGACCGGCGCCCGUGCUGAGGUGGACGUAGAUGUCACAGUUAAUGAUUUCAAUGAUAACCCUCCGGUGUUUGAGAAAAUGUCCUAUAAGGCAGUUCUGUCAGAGACUGCCAUGAUUGGCACUCCGGCUCUGCAAGUGGUGGCUACCGACAAAGACUCUGAGAAGAACAACAUUGUACGCUAUCAGAUAUUCUACCCCACAGAUGCCUACAACAGCACCGACCACUUCCACAUCGACAGCAGCAGCGGCCUCAUCUUGACCGCCCGCAUGCUCGACCACGAGCUGGUCCAGCGCUAUGACUUCAUCGUCAGGGCAACCGAUAACGGCUUCCCACCUCUGAGCAGUGAAGUGUCGGUCACGGUGGUGGUGAAUGACAUGAACGACAACCCUCCGGUGUUCAACCAGCUUCUCUACGAGGCCUAUGUCAGCGAACUGGCCACGAGGGGCUAUUUUGUGACCUGCGUCCAGGCUUUGGAUGCUGACAGCUCCGACUAUGACAAACUGGAGUACAGCAUCCUGUCAGGAAACGAGAGGAUGAACUUUGUGAUGGAUGGUAAGACGGGUAUCAUCACGCUGUCUGGUCACAGGAAGCAGAGAAUGGAGCCAGCCUACAGUCUGAAUGUAUCCGUGUCUGAUGGGGUGUUCACCAGCACAGCCCAGGUGCACGUCAGGGUCCUGGGGGCCAACCUCUACAGCCCUGUGUUUGGACUGAAUGCCUACGAUGCAGAGGUACGGGAGAAUGCAGCGGUAGGAACCAAGGUGAUCCAGGUUAGGGCGACCGAUGCUGACCCAGGAGUGUUUGGCCAGAUUACCUACUCAUUCGUCAACGACGUGGGGAAGGACCAGUUUAGUGUGGACGCCAAUGGUCAGAUCACCACCCUGGAGAAGCUGGACAGAGAGGACCCUGCCAACAAGGACAUUGUCCUUACGGUGGCGGCCCAGGACGGAGGUGGAAGGGCCUCCUACUGCACCGUCCGGGUCUCCCUGGUGGAUGACAACGACAAUGUCCCUCGCUUCAGAGCUACAGAAUACCGUGCUUCCGUCAAAUCCGACGUAGGCAAGGGCUUCUUGGUGACACAGAUCCAGGCGUAUGAUCCUGACGACGGUGCCAACUCUAAGGUGACAUACUCGCUCUACAGCGAGGCACACGUGCCCGUGGCGGAUGUGUUAGAGAUCGACCCUGACAACGGCUGGAUGGUCACCAAGGGGAGUUUCAGCCACCUGCGCAACUCAGUCCUGUCUUUCUUUGUUAAAGCAGUAGAUGGAGGUAUCCCUGUCAAGCACUCUUUAGUAUCAGUCUACAUCCACGUCUUGGCAUCUGACGCCCUCAUCCCCUCCUUCACCCAACCCCAGUUCUCCUUUACCGUCCCAGAGGACACUCCUAUAGGAGCUGCCCUAGGGUCCGUCCGCCUCAUCACCCCACCAGGCUACGCCUCGCUGCCAGUCACCUUUGCUCUGGUCAACGGAGAGACCGGGGAGAACAACCAGGAUGGAGUCCUGGUGGUGGACAGGGACACUGGGGUCAUCAAGCUGGACAAGCCCUUGGACCACGAGGUCAUCACUGCCUUCCACUUCAAGGUCACAGCCACCGUGCAGCAGGCCAAGCUGGACUCUGUGACCAGCGUCGACGUAGAAGUCAAAGUCCUGGAUCUGAACGACAACAAGCCAGCAUUUGAAUCCAACGCCUACGAGGCGACAGUGAUGGAAGGGAUGCCUAUUGGCACCAUAAUCAUCCAGGUUCAGGCUCUGGACCCAGACUCUGGAGCUAACGGACAGGUUACAUACAGCCUAGGCAUGUUGGCGCAAUCCGAAGGGGAGCUGGACCAAUCCACACAGGCCUUCACCAUUGACAGCAACACUGGUUGGAUCUCUACUCUCAAGGAGUUGGACCAUGAGAUGUACCCGUCCUACGCCUUCCUGGUGGUGGCCUCAGACCUGGGGGAGACCCUGGCCCUCUCCUCCACCUCCACGGUGACCGUUGCCGUGUCGGACAUUAACGACAACCCGCCCAGAUUCCUGGAUGAGAGGUACCUGGGCUCAGUGCGUGAGAGCGACCCCCCUGGCGAGGUGGUGGCGGUGCUCAACACUAGAGACGAUGACAGCUCUACAGUGAACCGCCAAGUCAGCUAUCACAUCACAGGUGGGAACCCUCGGGGGGUGUUUGCCCUGGGGCAGGUGCAGGGUGAGUGGAAGAUGUACGUGAAGCGCCCACUGGACCGUGAGGAACAGGAACUAUACCUCCUCAACGUUACCGCUUGCGACGGCCUGUUCGUCACCAGGGCAACCGUGGAGGUGUCUGUGACUGACACCAACGACAACAGCCCCGUCUGUGACCAGAUUCUGCAGGGUGUCAGUCGUAAGGUGGUAUAUUCUCUGGCCGACUCUGCCGGCGGCUUCUUCUCCAUCGACAAAUCAUCUGGCAUCGUGGUCCUGGAGCGUAUCCUGGACCGCGAACAGCAACCGUCCUACAUGAUCACGGUCAGAGCCUCCGACCAGGGCUCUCCGGUCCGUCUGUCCUCCCUGGUCAACGUAACCGUCACAGUCCUGGACAUCAAUGACAACCCACCGGUGUUUGAGCGGCGUGACCACCUCGCCACCGUGCCAGAGGACGUGGGGUUAGGGACAGAGGUGCUGAGAGUGUACGCAGCCAGUAAGGACAUUGGAACCAACGCUGAGAUCACGUAUAGUAUCCGCUCAGGCAACGAGCACGGAAAGUUCCACAUACACCCCGUCACUGGUGCCAUCGCUGUGUCCAAGCCUCUGGACUUUGAGAUGUGUAAAGACUACUUCCUUACUGUGGAGGCCAGAGAUGGUGGAACACCGCCCCUAAGCGCCGUAACCAUGGUAAACAUCAACCUGACGGAUGUCAACGACAAUGCACCCAUGUUCAGCCGAGACGUCUACACUACCGUCGUAUCCGAGGACGCAACCAUCGGAGAGUCCGUUGUCAAGGUACAGUGCGAGGAAGACGUAAACGAGUGUGAGCGGGGCGGCGCCACGGGUGGCGAAGCAGAAUGUGAGAAUGGCGGUGUGUGUGUCAACACGCACGGUUCGUUCUACUGCAACUGCACGGCGGGCUUCGUGGGCCAGCUCUGCGGCCUGCGGCCCGUGGUGGUACCAGACAUGCAGGCUGGACACGCCAUGGUGGGGAAAGAAGAACUGAUCGGCAUUGCUGUUGUCCUAUUCGUCAUUGUCACCCUCAUCAUCCUCUUCAUCGCCUUCCGUAAGAAGGUGUUCCAGAAGAACUACUCCCGUAACAACUUGACGCUGGUCCAAGAUCCAGCAACAGCAGCUCUGUUAAACAAGGCCAACGGGGUUCAGUUCAAGACCCUGCGCUGCACGCCGGGAGACCCCUUGAACCUGUACGCCGAAGCGGGGCUGUGCGCCACUGUGAUAGGUGGCGGAGCUGGGAUGCUCGGCCCGCCCCAGGUGCCUGUGAGGCCCAUGGCAUAUACACCCUGUUUCCAAGGCGAUCCGCGGUCCACGCUGGAGAAGAUGGCGGACGGGAGAGGCGUGGAACACACUGAGAUGAGCACCUUCCACCCAGAGUCACCCAGGAUUCUGGGAGGCACAGUACGGAGGGGGGUGGUGGUGUGUAGCGUGGCGCCCAACCUGCCACCUGUCUCGCCCUGUCGUUCUGACUGUGACUCCAUCCACAAGAGCACCUGGGACAGCGACGAGGGUAAAAUGGUAGAUAUGGGCGAAGAGAUGACCUGUUUCUCAGGGAGCAACAAGGGCAGCAACUCUGAGGUCCAAUCACUGAGCUCCUUCCACUCCGACUCCUGCGACGACAACGCCUCCAUAGUGACCGUCAUUCGACUGGUCAAUGAUGCAGUCGACACUAUUGAAAACGAAGUGUCAGUCAUGGAUCAAGGUCAGAGCUACAACAGAGCAUAUCACUGGGACACGUCUGACUGGAUGCCCAACUCACGGCUGCCCGACAUCGAGGAGGUGCCCAGUUACGAGGCCAGCGGCCUGGCAGGCCACGGAGACAUGGUUGCCUCAGCCUCCCGACUGGGGGGCAGCUCUCGCCUGGGGGGCAGCGCCCGGGAACUGGAUUCAGACUACUACCUCGGGGGCUACGACAUCGACAGUGAUUUCCCACCUCCUCAUGAGGAAGAGUUCCUGACCCAGGACCAGCUCCCUCCUCCCCUCCCCACUCCCCUGGAGGAGUACCAGGAGCACCCCUACGACACCCUGCCCGCCAACCAGACCGCCUCCAAGGAGAGCACCCUGAGUGGGAGUGUUCGUGGCAGCACCGGACGCCACAGGUCCCCCCGCCCACAUUUCCACCCCAGCCAAUACCUGCCCCCACACCAGCUGCCCCUGGGGGAGGCGGGGCAAGGCGGGCCGGGAGGGGAGGUGUUCAGCACUUUUGUGGGUGGGGCGAUCAUGUCGGGAGGAGGGGACAUGGAUGAUAAUGUGUCGCUGAAUAGGAGGUUGUCAGUAAACGCAUCAUCGGCCUCGGACUUGUCGGCCCCCUGUGGUUUUGACGACUCUGAGGCGGGCGGUAGUGACUUGGACAGUAUGGAUGAGCUGCACCGGGGUGGGACACACACCGUAGAGAUGCAGCAACAGACUGAGGUCUGAGGUCUGACUGGGCCCCACCGUGGGGUCAAGGAGAGUGGCAAGGGGACGGGUGGGCAUGAGUGCAGGACAGAGACUGCUGGAGUAGGAACUGGACGCCGUGUCGAGCUGUGCAGGUUCCUCUGGACUGAGUAAUGAAGAUGGUGGUAGUCACUCAGAGGGGAAUGAUUGGUGUUUAAUGGACACACUGCUAGAUAGUGGCUACGUCAUCAAAACAGUACUAACUUAACCCUUCAACCACUGCCAUUGCAAACACUAACCUCAAACCACUUCACCCAUUGCAGGCUUUAUCCUUAAACCACUUUUCUUCAUUCCAAGCCACUACCCUUAUUCAUGACCCUUUAGCCACUACCCAUGAGCUAAUACCAAGCCGCAUGCAAUGGAAAGCAAUGUGUUUUGACACAUUAGUACCUACAGCUGGCCAUCAUCAUAGCCACUAACCUAGCAGUGGCCCAUGUCAAGAUCAGAUGAGUGUUAUCCUCUUCCAUAGCGAGGAACAGAGAGCCUGCCAGAUAUGUUGAGUACGUAUGGGUGAGAAUGUGAAUAACAAAGAUUAAGUUUUUAAAAAAUACAAACUUUUAAGAGACAAGUGCAGAGACAAUGGAUGAGCGAGUGCAGAGAAAAUGAAUGAGCUAGUGCAGAAAAAAUGGAUGAGCUAGUGCAGAGAAAAUGGAUGAUCUCGUGCAGAGGAAAUUGAUGAUCUCGUGCAGAGAAAAUGGAUGAGCUAGUGCAGAGAAAAUGGAUGAGCUAGUGCAGAGAAAAUGGACGAGCUAGUGCAGAGAAAAUGAACGAGCUAGUGCGGAGAAAAUGGACGAGCUAGUGCAGAGAAAAUGAACGAGCUAGUGCGGAGAAAAUGGAUGAGCUAGUGCAGAGAAAAUGAACGAGCUUGUGCAGAGAAAAUGGAUGAGCUGGUGAAUCAAGAAAAGAUGAAGAAUGUUUGGUAAAAAGAAAAGAAGACAAUAUUGUAAUUGAACGGUCAGUACUGUGAUAUGGCCUCCUCUUUCUGCUCAAAGCAGAUGUGAUUGUUUUUAGCUGCACACAGCUUCCCUGUCCCUCCUCUCACUAUACCUGCCUACCCACAGAGGCCCAACAAGGACUUCUCCCUAACCAGGAUGUGUGUGUGUGUGUGGGGGGGAGGGGGGCCUGUACAGAAUUUGUGAAAAUGAAAUGGACGAUUUUUUGUGUGAUUAUCCACUCUAAGAACGCCAUUUGGAUUGAUGUGAAAUAUGUUUAUUAUUACCCCUAGUCCAAACGGCCACCCCGGAAAUCAUUCCUGUGACGCCAUGAGAGUUUAGCCAUCCUUCUGUCCCACCACAUGCUAAACUGCUAUCCUGCCGCUCUUCUUUUCUGCCAAGUAAUUUUGCUUUAAUGAUGUUGUUAUAUGGUCUUUAUUGUUUUGCACUAGUAUCUUUAGAUUUUUAGUUUUGAUGGUUAUUACAUGAAACGUGCUAUAUUAUUGAAAUCCUCCAAAGGACAUUAUCAUGAUAUGUAAUUCUGGCCCAGCUAAAUUAGCAUAAUAAGCUAUGAGGAAUUUUUAUGUUAGUAAUUUUCUUUUCACUAAAGUCCCGAUUUUCAAAUAGAUAAAAAAAAAUGGCAAUUCACAUAGUUUUCUUGAGCUAUUACAUUUCCCAGGAUGCAACACAAUGUAUUUUAUUUCCCUUCCUUGUUCUCCUUCCGUCCCAUGUUGUUUUACCCUGAGCAGGUUUCAUAGAGUCACUCCAGUAUUUCCCAAAGCCAUAACAGCAAUAGAUUGACUGGUGGAUGAGGAGUAGGGUCCGUGCACAAUGCAAAUGCAUUCUGGGAAAAUAAUAUAAUAAUGUAGCAUCCCAUCACAACGGCUGUCACAGCGGCCAGGCACCGUUGCACCAUGGGUCUUGUCAGUUGCUGUGUUCCAUUUUGGUUCUGUCCGCUUAAAAAAAUAAUAUAAACAACGGUCACUAACAAUGGCUUAUUCUAAACACAUCUCUAUCGCUCCAGGACAGAAGGACAGAUAACAAAACAGAUGAGUGUCGUAUUGGACUUGGAGUUCUAUUGGACUUGGAGUUCUAUUGGAGUUGUAUUGGACUUGGAGUUCUAUUGGACUUGGAGUUCUAUUGGAGUUGUAUUGGACUUGGAGUUGUAUUAGACUUGGAGUUGUAUUGGACUUGGAGUUGUAUUGGACUUGGAGUUGUAUUGGACUUGGAGUUGUAUUGGACUUGGAGUUGUAUUGGACUUGGAGUUGUAUUAGACUUGGAGUUCUAUUGGACUUGGAGUUCUAUUGGACUUGGAGUUCUAUUGGACUUAGAGUUCUAUUGUAAAAUAAUAUACCUGAUCCAGCAAGAUUUUUUUGUAAAAGAUGUAAGUUUGUGUUAAAAUCUUUGUACAGUGUACAUUGAAUGCUGGGUUGUUAAAAUGCUGAUUUUGUAGAUAUUGAAUUGCAAUCCUGACCACCUUUCUUUGAGUUUAUUGUUUUUGUUCGAUAUGAAUGUGGACAAUAAGAGACCAUGAUAAAUCAGUCAUCUCCCCUCCUCUGUUGGCCUUUCGCCUAAAGUAUUAUUUUAUUUCAUUAACCUUUGCUUUAAAACAUAAAAAGCCUUUCAAUAGACUAGUUAGAACUUGCACGGUAUUAAAUGCACUAAACCUGCUUUACAUUACAUCCCAGUGUUUUUUCUUUUUUGUUUAAAAUCCUCUGGUUUCUGUUUCUUUUCAAUUAUUUUAGGUAGUAUUGAAAUAUGUCUAAUCUAACUGCAGCAAUUGAGUGUACAGAAUUAGUUAUUUUUUAACUGCUUUUUGUUUUUUAAAUCAAUGCUGAAAAUAAAAAAGGUUAUUGAUCAAACAAA